AGCCUCUCCUCCCUCUUCUCUUAUGAUCAUUGUCGUCCCUCUCCGCCCCCCCCCCUCCUCCCCCCCGUGCUCAUUGGCGCCAUGGGAUCGCGCCCUGCCCCGCCCGGGGGCGCCUGCCAGUGCAGCGACCGGAGCAGGCGCUGCAUAGGGCUCGCCGCCGCCGCCGCCUGGAUCGCGGCGGCGCUGUGCUGGAGCGUCGUGCGCUUCCCGAGCGCCGCCGACCUCCUGGGGCGGCAGGCAGCCGCCCCCGCCGCCGAGGCGGCUCCUCCCACCGCCGAGGCGCUGGGCUCGGUCGCCGCGGCGGCGGCGGCCGAGGCGGCCGACCUGGGCGCGGGUAGACUACCACCAGAGGCCAGAGGUUCCGGCGGCGCAUUGCCAGUUGCCGCUGGCGGCGCCCAGCCGGGCCGCGGGCCGCUGCCGGGCGGACCACCGCGGCCGCAGGGCCGCACGCAGCAGGACGCUCGCCGCCCGGCCCGGGCCCCUCGCCAGAGACCCACGGCGAGCCCACGCUCCGCAGACCCCGUCAGCUGGCGUCUCGAACAAAAUUUGGACAAAGAGAGACCCUGACCUCGGAUCCGCCGUGCUUCGGGCGAUUCCGCUCGGGCGGCAAUGGCCGACCUCGGACCCUGCCCGUGCCCCGAUCAGACAUCCCGGCGCCGGACGUCUGGGGAGCGGCGCGGCGUCCCGGCUCGCCGUCGGUGUGGUUUUGUUCAGCGGGUGCAGCGAG